CGGCAAAAGAGACCAAAACAUUCUAUACUGCCAACAGCUGGAGGGAAUGUAGUCCCGACUUGUUGACGUGUUGCUAGGAUACCGGAGUCUUGACUGAUUGGAUGUUUAUCCAUGUACGCACAUCAUGAAAAUCGUGUUGUUUUUUUUCAUGCCUGGCUGGUAAAUUAACAGUUAUGGUAAAAUAGGUCAAUUUGGGCUGUACAUUGUGUAAAUAAUCUGGAUAGCUCUCAACAAAAAGGUACUUGCUGUAGAUGUAACAGUGGACGUUAAUGGCUGCAGCCGGACUCUACAAAUUAGAUGUGGGAGACAGUUACCCCGCCAAUUGUUUUCCAAUCCGACCAUUGUUUCAUCAACGAAAAAACGGGGCUGGUCACUGGCUGGUUGCUCACAGAAAUGCAGUGGAACAUAAAUACAAAAAUACACGAACUAAGAAAUCAGAGGGAAACAGUUUUGCCUCAAACUCAAUUGUGUCUGAGUGCACACGGGUUGAAGAGUGCGCGACAUCAGAUAUUCCUGGCUAUACAUUGGAUGCUCCUCUCCUGUUGUCAUUGCAUUGUGUGGACAAGCCAUCUGACCUGUGCUCCGUUGACAUCAGUGAGCAGAGAUUGAAUUUGAUCAAUACAGAAGAUUUCCUGGAUUUUGAGAAUGUUGCUUAUGUCAACGCAUCUGACAACAGUCUUACCAUAGAGCCUUUUGGUAAAUUCCCCUCCCUGAGGGAACUUGAGCUAUCCUUGAAUGGCCUCUGCAAUGUGACACUCAAUGCGGAACAUUUCCCUCACCUGGAGGUGUUGGAUUUGUCUUACAACAAUCUGUCUGGUGAUGACAUCAUGUCCGUUGGUCUACUUCCCUGUCUGAAAGUCCUUCAUCUCACCGGGAAUCAACUUCAGUUUCUUCCUCCCAACCUGGCAGCCCCUCCCCAUGGCCCCUCACAACGUGCAAAGGAUAAUGGCAUGCGAUUUCAAACUCUUGAAGUGCUGAUGCUAGAUGACAAUAAGCUGUCCUCUGGUGUCUUCAGCAGCCUUGCCAACCUGAAAAGGCUACAGCAUUUAAACCUGCAAGGGAAUCGUAUCUCAGAGGUACCAGAGGUGUUGCCGAGGAACCUGCAACAGAAGGGAUAUCUGCAACAUCAGCAGGUGUUUCACAAACAAAAUUGUGACCUACAGGACCUCCGGAAUCACCAUGUCUUUGAGGGGUUAGACACUGAAUACAUGAAUGCCGUCUCCGGUGUUCCAAAACACCAGCAUGAACAUAUCAAGAACAGUUCAGAGGAUGAGUGUGGUCAAUCCAAAAACGAUUCCCCCAUUCGCAUAUCCCUUGACACUGAGGAAUUUUCUGGAGCAUACGGUUUGCCACUACCAGAGCUUUGUUUCCUCAAUCUGGCUGACAACAAGAUUGUUGAGGAAGAAGCACUGUUGUCUGUGGCCCUGUUUCCUAUGCUCAGUGAGAUUGUUAUUCACUCCAACCCACUGACCACACAGAGAAGUGGUGACCCACCACUUCUGACAUACUUUCUCCAGGAAAGGUUGGGUAUUAGAAUUAGACGCAAAAAGACAUCAGAAGUUGUGAAGCCCCCUUUAAUAUUAUGUAUUGACUCAAAACGAAAGGUAAAAAACAAAAUCCCAAAGGUAACAAAGGUGCCUUUAUUAAUUCUCCUUGAAGAACCUUCUAGCCCUGCCUUACUUGACCCUGGCUCUCUGGAGGAGAAGCAUGUUGAAGAUCACUGUACGAAUCCUCUCUCAGUAGAGAGAAAGUCAACAGAAAAGUCUGGCCACUCACACGCAAUGGAUGAGGAAAAUAAACAGGAAUCCAUGGGAACUGCUCAUAGAGUCGAGGCAAUAGAGGAUGCAAUAGAAUCAUCAGAUGAUACCUUCCAACAUGGAGAGUCAUUCUUUGUGACACAGGUGACAGAUUUACAUGAUGAAUCUGAAUACUAUCUGCUAUCUGACGAGACAGAAGAAGUCAAAGAGAUCGAGGAGAAAAAUGAGUCAAAUGCAAUUCCAGGAAAAUUCAGAGGCUUUGAAUUGCUAUUGGAUGCCAAACCAGAUCCAGACAUGGUGGAGCCUGUUGGACUACAACACACUGUGAGAAUGUUGGAACAAAAACUCAAGAAUCUCCUAGUUUACAGAGAUUCCAAACCUAACCUUGAUUGCCUGCAGAAGCCAUAUGAAGUGAAGGAGAAAAAGAUUGGAAAUCUACCAUCUCUGAGACCAAGAAAGCGGAGAGGAGAAAGAGUUGAAGAGAUGCUCAUACAAAUAAACCAGAGGAAAACAAUCAGCGAAAUCCCUCUAACUAACGUCUUAGAAGGCAAGGGCGUCUUCAAGGAUGAGUAUGAAGAGGCUUUGACUUUGCUGAGGGAUAUGAAGAAAAGGUACAAGAUGGUUCACAUGAAGGCAGUGGAGCAAGCAACACAUAUUGAGUAUGAGAGGACCACCAACCACAAGUAGAGAUUCACCAACUCUAGUACUUUCAUGAAGCAUGAACAUUAAACAAUCAACCAAACACUCUUCUUCCAAUUUAGGUGAAGAGAAUGAUCAGCUACAAAUUAUUUCUGGGCUGAAGGGAAAACGUUCUUAUUGAGUUUAUUUAGCCCAUCUAUGAGAACUGUUAAUGUAUAACAUAAUGUGUAUGUAUAACAUUAUCAUCAUGCAUUUGUUUGUCUUUCAUUAUUAAAUAGCUCUGUUUCAACUUAAUUCAACCUUGACAAGAAGGUGACAGUGGAUCUUGCAAAUGGAGGCACUGUCACCCAAGCUCAUGGCAGUUUUGUAUUUCAGUGGGGUAUCAAUAAAAUCUGUUUUAAUAAAUUAGUUGGUAAAACAAUC